AUGGACACACUCUACGCAGAACAGAUUGAACUGAUUCUGACACGUCCUCGUGGCAUCAAGGCACUUCUGUUUGACACUGAGGCCACUAAGCAAAUCGUAAGCAACUCAGUCGCCUACAAGAAGCUGUUGGACUCCAAUUACUUCUACUUCGACUACCUGACAAACAGUAAGCGCAGUAAAAUCAAUAUCAACGCAGUUGUGAUGCUCAGCAACACGAAUCUGAAGCUUCUGAUCAACGAACUGGUCGAUCCAUGUUACAGCUCCUACACAAUUCUAUUCAAAAAUGCAAUUGAUCCAUUUGCCUUGGAAAUUCUAGCCAGUGCUGACAGAAAUGGCGUAGUUGCAGAGGUGUUUGAACUGAAUAUGACUGCUGUUAAGGUGGAUGAGUACCUGUAUACGGUUGAAUUAGAGGAGUUUUCUGCUGUUUUGGAUACACUUGAUGUUCAACCUAGUGUUUAUGCAAUGCGUACAUUUGACUGUAGCAGUUUCAAGAACACAACUCACGAUAAGCCAGGAAAGGUGCUUCUUCUGGACAGGAACUUCGAUCUGAUCACACCACUGAUCAGUGAUUGGUGCUAUCAGGGUGCAAUAAGCCAGUAUAUGCCAUACAACAACAGUCAGGUCACUGUCGAUAAGAAGUCAUUUGCAUUAAAUGACGACUUUUUUCAGACGAACAAAUUCAAUGACAUUGAGAAAGUGGGAGAGAAUAUCAGACUGCUUGUGAAGGAGCUUGAAAAGAAGAGGUACAACAUCAGCAACUAUCAGUUUGAUGAUAUCGAGGGUGCUACGGUUCAAUCCAAAGUUGUGGAUACGCAUAUGGCUCUCUUCAAGAAGGUGCUUGAUGCAUCCAUGAGAAACCACGAACUGGGUGAAAGUGAAAUCAAGGCCACUAAGGGCGAAUCCAUCGAUUACUCGAUUUUCCAAGACAAAUCAAGGGAUUUCAUGAAGUUGAAGCUGUUGGAAUCAAUCAAGAGCGGAUCCAGGGUAGAUGGAAUGGAUAAAGACACGUAUGAAGCAUUUCUAAAAAUAUCCAAUCCAAUACCAUUUGGAUACAAGCCAUCAUUUGCUGAUAAACCUGAGCUACUUGCAUAUGAAUCACCAAUCAAGAGGAUUCUACGUCACUUUGUGCGUCACAAGUUGCAUUCAGGCUCUUUCAUCAAGAUUGAAUCAAAUAGUAAGGAUCAUAAUGAUAAAAUGCAUAUAAUUUAUGUAAGAGGAGGUUUGACCUAUCGAGAAUACAGGGACGUGAUGGAACAAGCAAGUGAAUUGGAUACGAUGGUGUACCUUUUCACUGAUAAAAUCAUCAACUGUGCCACGGUGAUGCAGGAGAUCGAAUCAGAAGCAAAACAGAAUAAAAAGUAG